GAAGUCAAAUAUACAUCAAUGGACAAAUGUGAGGAGGGUGCCUGGGCAAUUUCACAGAUAGCUCUGCAAUCCGAAGGCAAUGACGUAAUAAUUACAGCAGACGUCGGACACGGCCAAGAAAAUAACGGCACCCUGCGACAAGUUCAAAUCACGCUGACUGACUGCGAUGUAUUUCUGAGAUGUUCAAAGUUUUCUAAUCGUUCCGUGAGUGAUAUAGAUUGUGAGAGGGAUGAUCUUGCAGAUGCAGAUGAAAAUGCUUGCAACUUGGCUCAGGAAAUGGGUGAAUGGGAAGUGCAAACGGGAAACCUUAGCACGCAACAAGGAAGCGGCAAUCCGCUGGGUUUUUGUUUCCACUUUGACAAAAAGGAAGUUUAAUUUAACAUUCCCUUAAAACAUUACGCGAGGUUCGUAGUACUUGAAAAAAUGUCAUUGAUUUUGUUUCCAUCCUGAGAUACAUAAAAUUAGUGCAUAUAUGUAUAAAUAUAUAUAUUUCCAAGCAAA